AUGCGUUUCGCCACGAUCGCCGCCUCUGCCUCCGUCUUCGUCGCCGGAACCCAGGCCUCAGGACCCAGUGCGCGCAAUGAUCCUCAUAUCUCCGACUUCCGUCUCUGGGGCUCGCCCACCUGCAGCGGGACGCAAAACUAUGGAAUCUGGACAAUUCUCCAGUCGGACACCGGCAAGUGCACAAGCCUGCACCUAAAUGACCCAACCGGCCCUUCCAUCUACGGUAUUGGCCUCGGCGAUAUUUCAGACAACUUCAAGCUGUUCAUUUUUGCUGAAGACGACUGCUCUGGAGAACCGAUCCAGGCCACCCUUGGAGGGUGCGAUGCCGCGGAAUCGGAGUGGAAGUCUUUCAUUGUCAGGCAGUAG